GUGGGUAGCAUAGACAACAUGGAAGCAUUCGUUUGUAUCCAUGGACUACGUGUAUCUUGAACAAACCGGGUUAAUAUAGUUACGUGCUAGAUGCAUGACAGUUUAAAAAAUUGAAAAUGCAGCCAACAUCGCAUCUGAAAGAUAAAUUAAUAAAAAUGUCCCUAAGUUUAAUAUAAACUAAUGCUAAUAUAAUUUUUUCCUGCAAAAUUUUUGCAACUGAUAAAAUAUACCGGAUAUAUACCCAUUUUUGUUCAAAAGGCUAAGUAGAUAUAUGCCAUUAAUUUACAAACGACCUGGGACACGAUAUUGUGUUACUUUUCGUAUAUUAUCAUUUACGUUAGAUGACUUGUAGCAUGAGUCAAUUUACAUUAAAAUCAGGUUUCGUAUCGAUGUUGCUGUAAAUUCCGUGGUGCUUAUAGUCAAGUUAUGGCGGGCAGUUGGAAACUUUUUGAAAUAGUUAUUUUAAUUUUGGUUAUUUUUGAAGUACAUGCUCAAAAUUCGAAAUUAAAUGUCCCGAGGGUACUUUUGCCAUUAUUUAAAGAGUUCUGUACGAAUUUUACUUUGGACGUAACUGGUGCAGGAUGUUAUAAAUGGAGCACUUCCCGAAAUGACUUGAUUCGGUUAAUACAACCUGAGAAUGUGGACAUUGCCAGUGAUUGUUCAUCUAGUGUUAUUGUCUCUGCUAUUUCAAAAGAACGAACACGAAACACAGCAAUUGUAUUUGCAGAAGAUAAACGUUCCGGACUUAUUUUGAGAUGUGAUGUGAUUGUCGAUGCCAUCAGUUCCCUUAAUCUUGUAACGAUCACAAGGGAGCUGUAUAUGGAAGAAGCACCAGAAGCAUUUGAAGUCAGAGCUUAUAAUGACCAAGGUAAUGAGUUUUCAACUCUUGAAGGAGUUGAAUUCCACUGGAGUCUUACUGACUGGAACUUCCAUCAAGAGAGCAGCAUCAGCAAUGGUUGUGGUGUUCUUCGACUCAUUACAUUUAGGGAUUCCCCAUAUGAGACCCCAGCCACAAUACAAGCAUUUGACAACAUUGGGAAGUAUGGCCACAUUGUCCUGUUGGAGGGAAUCAAGACAGGUGCUGCCAAGGUGUCUGUGAGGCUGCCCCAUUCAGAGUACCUGCAUGUCCCUGCCAUUGAGGUGCAGCUUAUGGUAGUAGCUAAUAUAAUAAUUGAUCCAGCUGACAUCUAUUUGCUGAAAGGAGAUUCAGUGCAGUAUCGUAUUCUGCAAGUGCAUCAUGGCCACCUGGAGGAGAUAUUGCUGCCUUCACAGCAGUACUUCCUGGAACUUCAGGAUCCUGGUCUUGCUGUGCUGAAUGACAGCACAGCUGUUGUGACAGCACUGAAGAAAGGAAAAACUAGAGUCUUGCUGCAUGACCGUAAUGUGGAUGAGAAGGAUGCUGGAAUUCAUAUCCCAAGUGCUACUAUCACUGUCAAUGACCCCUGCUACCUCACCUUGGCCAUCCUGCCCCAUCAAAAUUGGAAUCUUAUGGUUGAUGAACACUAUGAAAUAACAGUGGAAGUGUAUGACAGUGAUGACCACAAGUUCCAUGUUGGGGAUGGAGUGCAGGUGUCAGCCUUGAUCCCAGAGCAGUAUUUUCAUGUUGAGUACAGCACAGCCAACAACACACACCAUUAUGGCUGGCCAGUGGAAGCAGGAGCAGCACAAGUCAAUGCCACUUUGGAAGGAGUGAGGGAUUUUUCUGGUAUCCUGCAUCCAUCUCCAACAAUCUCUGCAGUUGCUGAUAUGUUGAUCUAUAAUAGAAUUUUUAUACACCCAUCUGAGGUUGCACUGCCUUGGGAUCCCAGCAUACAACAUAAACUUGAAGUGGCUUUAAAUGCAUCUGGUGGUGAUGGGAGCUUCACUUGGAAAAGCUACAACACAUCUGUUGCCAUGGUGACACAGACUGGUAUUGUGAAAACACAGACACUGGGUCAAGUGAAGAUAUCUGCUGCAAUGACCCGCAAUCUCCACAAUCAAGACAUGGCCACUAUCCAUGUCUUACCAGCAAGCCAUUUAGAAAUAGUGGAGUAUAUGCUGGAGGCUGAGAUAGGAACUGCUAUAUAUCUACAUGUGGCAUUGUUUGCAGAUUGGCCUAACACGUCACACCCUGCCAACACCAGGAUUCCAUUUACUCAUUGUGAUGACCUUCCUUUGAUAGUCAAAGCCUGGAAUGAUAAUUUCCAGAAUUCAUCGUUGAAAAUUACACCUGUUGGCAUUUCUUGCACCACAGUUGCCAUUAUUGGUCAUGCUGUUGGGACUUCAAAAGUGUCUGUGUCCUAUAUUUUCAACGGCCACACCAUGGCAGACAGCAUUGUUAUUGGAGCUUACAGACCACUCACAGUAAUGUAUCCUGUCUCAGGAGAAACUGUUCUGGCAAUUGGAACUUCAAGAGAAGUAAUGUUUUCUGGAGGUCCAUAUCCAUGGAUUGGUCGGUCCUCUGAGCAUGUGCACCAAUUAAUGAUACAGGGAGAAGAACAGAUUGUUGAAAUAACAGAGUUAGAUGAAAAGACAGUCGAUUCCCCUGAUGUGUACACAUAUAGAAUUUUGUGCAGACAGCUGGGAAAAGUUGAUGUGACUUUGCAUGUCACAAAUAUGCCAUCAUUAGGACAUAGCAAGAGCUCUGUAGCCAUGGCCACUAUCAAGGUUCGAUGUGCUAAGCCUCAUUAUGUCAGUUUGACCUCUGAACUCAAAAUGCCUGAUAGCUCUUCCUGUCCCUUGAAUCUGAAUUCAGAGAAGCUGGUGACUCAGAACUACAAGCAGGUGGAACUACUUGUGAUGGUGAAGGAUGAGCAUGGUUGUGUGUUCGAUAACAUAACGAGUUUGUACUUUGAUUGGAAGGUGUCUCACCCCUCUCUUGCAACUGUAUGGGAAAAAGGGACAGUUCUUGCAGAGGAUAUUCAAGAGAAAGACAUUACUUUACCACAUAAAUAUUAUCAAAUACUGAAACCAAAAUCAAAAACUGGAAUGACGGAAGUGACUGUAGCAGUUGUUGCUUAUCAAACUCACAUGCUGGCCCACAUGGAUAUAUUGCCUGAAGACCCACCUUUUGGCAUUGCCAAUGAGAGAGGUUACAUUGUGACACCAGAAAUUAAGGCUUCUUUGAGUUUGACACUUGUGAAUGACACUAUCAUAACUCCAAAUCAUACAUCAGUUUUUAAUCAUCCUCGGAACAGAGUGAAUCUUCAGGUGAACCAGGGCUCAGGCUAUUAUGAAUUUGUGCUUAGUUCAGAGGAAAUAGCAGAUGUCAUUUAUUUGGAAAGUACGAGAGUUCUGGAAGUGAUUCCAAAAGUUGAUGGUUUGCUGAAGCUUGCACUUGUUGAUCUGUGUUUGGUGUCCAAACCUGCCAUUGCUGAAAUUCAAGUUCUGGGUGUGGGCAAUAUCAAAGUGGAAGUUGCAGAAAGGGUAGAACGAGGGCAGUAUGUUUCUGCUAUAGUUCACUUGUAUGAUACCAUGGAAAACCUGCUUCCUGUCCCAAGUGCAGAAUUCUUAGAUUUGAGACCUGUAACAGACUCUGGGAUCAUAGGUGUAAAGUUACAUCAACAAGAUAAAAAGUCACUGUUGUCCUUGGGAGAGAUACGAUACCUAGUGACAGGAUUGGAACUUGGUGAAACAGGUUUGAAGUUUAUAAGUGGUAGAGGAAAGAGAGAGAUCCAGAGUCAGCGUGUGUUUGUUCAAGUUUUUCCACCUCUGCGGCUGUUUCCGCGCAACAUGACAUUGACUGUGUGGUCAAAGUUACAGAUCACAAGUCAUGGUGGGCCUCGGUCAGAUGCAAAUGUUGAAUACUCUGUUGCUUCUGCUGAUAUAGUGAGUAUAAGCACUUCAGGAGUGGUGACAGGUGAUAAACUGGGUGCUACAGUGAUAACUGGCAAAGCUGUGGGUGUGAACAAGGUCACUGGACAGAGAGUUGUAUAUUCCCAGGACUCAAUUAAUGUGCACGUGAUUGAGAUACAAGGAAUUAAGGUUUAUACACCUUUAACGAGGCUGAAAACUGGAAGCACCAUGCCAGUAUGGGCACAAGGCAUACCUGAUGUGUUGUCUCCAAUAAUCAUUGGAUCCAUGGAUCCACCUUUAAGGUUUUCUUGGAGUGUGACUGCAAGGGAGGUUGGAGUGGUGCAACAUGUGUUUGAAGAUUUUGGUCUUGUUAUACCGCAGGAAGAUAUGGUGUCAAUGCGGUUCUCUGCCAUGACUGCUGGUCGCACCUUACUUCGAAUGGACGUGUAUCUUCCACCAGAAAUGGGUGGCAGAGUGGAUAUACCAGAAUUUCAAGACUCUUUGGAGAUUGAAGUAUUUGAAGAGCUCUUCUUGAUACACCCACCAUAUCCAUUAUCUCAGCAAUCUCCACUCCUUGUCUUGGCUCCAAAUUCAGAAGUGCAGUUGAAAACAAACAGAGAUGGUUUGGCUCAGCAAGUUACGUAUAGUUUAGGGGGAAAAAUUUUGACAACAGGACACAGUUCUGACAAUGAAACUGUGAGUAAAGCAUUGAUGGAAUCUGACCAGUUCUUGACAGUGGAACCAACAGGCCUUGUGAGGUCACACAGCCGACUAGGAAGAUCUGUGAUUAUGGUGGUAUCAAAAGAAGACUUUGGCAUUAAACAGAUCCUCAGUGUCAGUGUAGAGGUUAAAGAAGUUCUGUACAUAAUGUUGACAGCCCACAAGAUAGUGCAUGUGGAGGAUGAAGAGUCACUAGAAUUUAUACCACGAGGCUUUGAAAUACAGUUUACUGUGAGUUACCAUGACAGCUCUGGUUCUCCCUUCACUGCCACAAAGUCCAGUAUCAAACUGAGAACAAACAGGUUUGAUCUCGCCCAGGUGAGGAGUGCAGAAGCCAAGAACUCACUCAUCGCAAACCUCGUGGAUGAAGGACACACCUUGUUAAAAGUUUGGGAUGCUCAGACUCCACAGCAGGCAGCGGACUAUGUAAAGUUUAACGUGAGAGACGUCAUAUUUCCUGAAAAGGCAAAGGAUUUACUACAUAUUCGAAGCUUGACAGUUGGCGAUAUUGUUUGCUUCUCCAUUCCACUGUCAUCUCUUGAUGGAGUGCAUGGGAUGUGGGAAACAGAUAAUGAAAAUGUUCUGACUUUGGACCCAGUGUUGGGCACUGGUAAAGUACAAGGAGUCGGGAGUGUGGUUGUGAAGCAUCGUUUGGGAUCUGUCCAUACUUUGGUCAAUUUGGAGACCCUUCCAAUGAACUUGAUAACAUUCCUGGAGCCCUCAAACAAGACAUUGAUCAAUACUGAUCUGAAUCAUGAGUUCCGUGUGCCAAUUGUUUUGGGCAAUGUGAAGGACAAAGAUAAGAUUGGCAAUCUCAUAACUAGAAAUGGAACAUGUCCUGUUAAGUACCAUGCUACAUCUUUUCCUUUCAUGUGUGAAUUGCGUUUUGACACUCCAGUGGCAGAAGUUGACAUCCAGGAUGUGUUUGCUGUUCAUCAGGAUUUUGAUACACAUACUGGUACAUAUGGAUGCGUGAUAAUAUCUUCAGGAGUUCCAACAUUUAAUAAAAGUGUGUUGCACACCAAUUUUAGUCUGCAGGUUUUCAGUGGCUCCAUGCUCUCAAAACCUUUAAAAAUUCCUUUUUUGCCCACUGUGUAUGUUCAUGCCAAGCAAGUGAACUUGAGUGAUGCCAGAAUGUCAGCUUACAUCACUGUCUCUGGCAGGCCUGGUGUUUUGAAACAGCUUAAAGUUUCUCCACACAAUAGGGAAGACUUUCUGACAGUGAGUGGACCAGAGAUCAUGGACACAACUGAAGUACAUUACCAAGUGCAGCUUACAGAGAAGUACUGGAAGGAGGGAGAUUUGACCAUUCCAUUAUCUGUUAUUGUGAAAUCUGCAAUAACAUUCCAAAAUAUUGAGGUGCCAGUUAAGGUUCGCCUAGUUGGAGAAUCUGCAUGGAGCCAAGGUUCAUGUAUCAUGUCAAAACUUGGUUUGCCUAUCAGCGAUACUGUUUACUAUUAUCGUCACACAUUUACUAUCAUAGGAUCACUUAUCAUCAUCUUCCUCGUUACAUCUUAUGCAUACCACCGCUACAUCCACUUCAUGGUGCAACCUGUCCCGUUACAACACAUGCCAUCAAUUCAAGCUUCUACUGUGAUGCCAUCAUCCACAUCUCUGGCAGAAGCCGUUGCAGCAUCACAAACAACAUACCACCCAAGCUUAACAUAUGGAAAUCGGACUUUAGUUCAGGGCUCAUCAAUAGAUCCUGUGUAUGGAGACCCUCAGCUGUAUUAUCAGCCCUCAGAACUGCGUAAUAUACGGAAUAGAAAACUGUUCUGAUGCGCAUGUUCAUUUCUUAUAACAGGUGACAUUACUUAGGUGAUUUUCAUAACUGUAAUAAUAAAGUGUGAAUGUCGGACUGUUAAAUUAUGUAUGCAGAGGAGUUUUCUGAGUGGUUGUGCAGAUGAAGUAACUUGAUACAGUCUACCUACGUGAAAUUUUCUUGUAUCAUCUAUGAUAUUGGAACCUUGGUUCUAAAUACAUUUCUCUAAAGGGUUUAAAAGCAAAAAGUAACUAAGUUAGUCUCUUCCAAACAUUAUGAUGACCAAAACAAGAAGCAUAGUUGGAAAACCUGAAGGAAAGAUGCCAUUUACAAGAACUAGGCAUAGAUGAUGGUACUAAUUUUAAAAUUAAUCUUAAGGAAACAGGACAGUAGGGUGUGGACUGGAUUCAUGUGGCUCAGGAUAGGUAUUGGUGAUGUCCAUUGUGAACACAGAAACAGAUAUUCAGGUUAUGUAAAAGCCUGUAAAUUCAGAGCUGUUUUCUUCUGAAGGACUCUGCUCUGUGGAGUUGUGUCAUUCACAGCAAAUGUGUCUUUCGAAACCAUAUUUAAAUAGGUAAAUGAUGAUCCAUAUUUCAAAAUAUUUUCUUGUCCACAGGUUUUUGUGCCUGGAGAUAAAUGUGUAACUUUGGCUUUUGGAUGAAAGCUGUGUCAAAUGUUUGGUGUUUAACAUUUCAGCAGAAAUUGCAGUUGCCAUUUUCAAGGUGGGUAUGAGAUGGGGUAAGUUCUGGAGGCCAUAUAUAGGGCAGGCAGUAAGUGGCAAUAUAAAUUUGAUGGUGUUCACUGGUGGAGCGAAGGAGAGGGCUGCUAUCUAAUAGGAGAGGAGCAUGUGGUUGAAGAAAGGUGACAAGAGAGGUUCAGGUGACCAUGUUGGACAGGAAAGGAUUUGCUGUGAUUGUGUGUAGGGGAUUGGUGGCUCUUCUUCAACCAUGAUGACUGGAGAGGUGAUGGUGGACCAGCCCUUUUGAGGACCUGGUGAUUUGGGGACAAAGAGGUGAAGCCAGGCUGUGCUUAAUCUGUAACAAUCUUCAUGGUUAAGUUGUAUGCCUGCCCCAUAUAAGACCUGCAGAAUUCACCCCACCUCAUACCCACCUUGAAAAUGGCAACUGCAAUGUCUGCCGAAACAUUGGCUAACACCAAACAUUUUACACAACUCUCACCUGAAAACCAAAGUUAUAAAUCAAAAUGUUUUAUUUGCAUCAUAGUAUAACUCUGUAUAUGACACUGUGGAAUUGUAAAUUACUUUAAUCCUGUAUGAAAAGGUUAGAAUGCAUGCAAACGGAGACAAGUUUAUACUGAACAGGAAUUCUAUUUAUUUAUAUAUUAAUGUACAAAUCAUGAGCCAGAAUAGCUAAAAUAUGACUAGCUGGAAAACCAGGAUUUUAUAUCCAGCUCUGGCAGGGAUUUUUCAUCUUGCUGCCGAUCCAGACUGGCUAUGGGCCCCUUACAAUUACUAGUGGGGGUAAAGGGGCCAAAUAUGAAGCUGAUUGGUCUCCAGGAAGUACCGAAAUUAAGAAUGUAUGGAGCUUUACUUUCACCUUUUACUGUAUACAAAAUGUAAUACAUAAAGAUUGGAAAUUGACAGAU